UCUGCAGCCUUACUAGAAAUUCCAAACAGCAGCUUUAUUAGAUCGAUAGGCGAAAUACAUUUUCAUCCAAACACUUGUACUGUCAACAAUAUGUUAACAUUUGUGUUUGCAACUUGUUUAGAGAGAGCUGUUAAGCAAAUAUUUCAGGUGAAAUACACUUGGCAUGGAUUCGUCUGCUUGUAAUAGGUUGUUCAGUCAACAGAGCGUGGUCAAGGCGAACAUGGUGACAGUCAUUGUCGACAUCAGACCAGCAGGUGACAAGCAAGGACACUGACGAUGUAAUUGAGAAGCGUUCAUCUUUGUAGUGUGUUGAAGGGAAGGGACACUGGUGUAGAAGUUCAGAGACCACCAUGUCAGUGAUAACAGUCCAGCUUGGUCAGUGUGGCAACCAGAUUGGUGGUCAGUUCUUCUCCACAGUCAUUGAAGAUGCUUAUUCCAAGCCAUCUCAGGUUGCGGUCAAGCCCCACCAGAAUCAAGAAUACAUCGACGAGACCCUGGACCGAUUCUUUACUCAAAGGGAGACAACUCUAGCCAAGGCAGGGACAGUCGACGCUCGGGCUGUCAUGGUGGAUAUGGAGCCCAAGGCAAUAGCCCAGACUUGCUUGGAGGCCAAGAGGAGUGGGAAGUGGAAAUAUCCCGACAAACAACAAUUUUGCCAGAAGCGAGGUUCCGGGAACAAUUGGGCUCAUGGAUUCUGCGUGCAUGGACCGCGUGUUCGAGAUGACGUGUUGAACAUGGUGAGGCGGGAGGCAGAAAAGUGUGACAACUUGUCUGGGUUUAUCUGCUACCUGAGUCUGGCUGGUGGGACCGGGUCCGGUGUCGGUGCAUUCAUGACGGAGGGCCUUCGGGAUGAGUAUCCGCACUCAUUCAUCAUGAAUCAAGUUGUGUGGCCGUACCAGACAGGUGAGGUAAUUGUGCAGAACUACAAUGCCAUGCUGACUCUGUCACAUCUGUACAGCACGUCCGAUGCUAUUGUCGUCAUGGAGAACGACAGUCUGCACAAAAUCUGUCAACAACUGUUAAACAUUAACAAGAUAUCUUUCAGAGCCAUCAACAAGGUCGUGAGCCACAAGCUCGCCAGUUUCCUGCAGCCAGCCCAGUCAGACAGUGAUGGCUACACCUGCUCAAAUGAUCUUGGGUCAAUGUUGCACCAUCUUGUCCCCCACCCGGAGUAUAAGCUCCUUACACUGAAGAACAUCCCCCAGAUGUCGGAGCGAGCCAUGGAGUUCAGCACCUACCAGUGGCACGGCCUGCUCAAGCACCUGCGGCAGAUGCUGGUGGCUGAUGCUGCUAUGGAAGAAGGCAUCAACUGGGACAUCCGGGCUGGGUCAGCGACUCCCCGAGGGUCCAUCAGGUCAAAUCGGUCACUUGCCAACACCCUGAUUCUCCGUGGUAAAGAAGUCGAGGCUGCAGAUGUUGCUGCAUUUCAGGACAAGAAGUUGUACACAGAUUGGAUGCCCCCAGAGUUUACACUGAAUGUCAUGAAACAACCCCGUAUAUUCAACCAGUACGAAAAGUCUGCCGUCCUUGUCAGUAAUAGCCAGUCUCCGAUUGGUUCGCUAGAAAAUACAAUCAGUCGAGCAUGGACGAUGUUCUCGUCACGAGCGUAUGUGCACCAGUACAAGAGACAUGGUUUGGCUGAGGAUGACUUUAUUGACAGUUUUGUGGCACUGGAACAGGUGCUUGCUAGUUACAAGGCAUUGUGAUAGAUAACUGCCUUCUAGCACGUCAAUGUUAGGCAAUCAGACUUCUUCUUUUCUUACAAGAUUGAGAGAUUAUUUUUCAAAGACCUUGUUGGUUAAAAUAAAACAGAAAUUACAAAUA